AUGAGUACUGCGAAGAGCCAAGAGCUGGGUAAUUCACAGCAAAAUCAAGACUUUAUAAAUGCAGUAAUCUCGGUGCUGGCCACCCCAGAUCAACCGACGGCCGUGGCAAGCGUCCACUCCAAUGAACGCAACUUAGCCACAGAGGUGCAGGCAUAUGCAAAAAUCGCCGGACGUGACUGGACCCUGUAUGUGAAGCAUUUGUCUUUGGCUAUAGGGCGUAACACCGACCCAGAUGACGAUUCCGUCGAUAUUGAUCUAGGACCUGCAAAAGUGGUGUCCCGCAAACAUGCAACUAUCAAAUACAAUUUGAGUGGUGGGUUUUGGGAACUUCAGGUCCAGGGUCGAAACGGUGCGAAAGUUGAUUUUAGACGCGUUGGCGCGGGACCGCAGGCCGAUCCGGUACAGCUACAAUCAGGCUCUAUAUUGGACAUUGGGGGCACUCAAAUGAUGUUCAUUUUACCUGACCGCGGUCCUUUUGUGGAUCAACAGGCGUUGGAUCAUCUAAUACCUAAGCUUAACGCGGUAUAUGGAGCCACCACCACUAAUCCCCUACUCCAAGACGUCUUGAGAGAUGUUUCCCAACCCAAGAACGCGGUAAAAGCUUUCCGCAUGUACAAUUCGUAUGAAAACCCCUAUGUUGCUCCAGCAAUGGGGAACUCAUAUAACUCGCCGCAAAUGGGCGUAGGAUACGGUACAAUCAUGGACCCUAGCUUUUCCGGUGUCAACGACAUGGCAUCUGAUUUAUCUCGAGAAGAAAACAAAAAUGUAAAACCUCCGUUUUCGUACGCUACUAUGAUUACACAGGCCAUUCUGUCCAACCCUGAGGGUGUCCUGUCAUUGGCCGACAUCUACAAAUAUAUCUCGUCGAAUUUUGCGUACUACCGAUACGCGAAAACCGGCUGGCAGAAUUCGAUCAGGCACAACUUGUCGCUGAAUAAAGCAUUCGAGAAGGUUCCCAGGAAGCCUAACGAGCCGGGAAAAGGUAUGAAGUGGAGAAUCAGCCAGGAUUAUCAGAAGGACUUUUUAGAUAAAUGGCAAUCGGGUAAGAUUUCAAAAGUUAGAAGGGGUUCUUCAGUGGCCAGACAAUUACAAUUACACUUGACGAAAUUCAACUCUUUACCCCUUCGGGCAGCGGAUAAUGAUUCUGAACUCCAUAAUGCCACUUUGGAUCACCAUACUCAGCUGCAGAAUUAUUCUCGGUCCGAGGUGUCGCCGCAAAGCCAGGCAUCACAAACUCAGCAUGCAGGUCACCCACAACCGUUAGGGCAGCGAGAGGUGCAUGUUCAAGGCUUCAAGGAAGACCAGGAGAGCCGUGCUCAGCAUCAAAAUCCACCGCAGUCUCUGAGGAGCCCCGGCGAGCAAGUUAUGCCUCAACAAUCACACGACGGCAACGCACCGCAUAAACGGCCAUCGGCAGGAAAUUUAAUAAACACAUUGCAACCUCCCACGACUUUACCACCUGCAUCGUCGCUAUCUCCCCUGGCGCCACGAAGGCCAUCUUCACCCCAUAUGCAACCCCCAUUAAAUGUCCCGGGUAGACAGCCUCCUUCAACUUUCCAUGCGCUACCGCGUCCAACUACGUCACGCCCUUCUACAUCUCAUCAUGCACCUAUUGGCAGCAGCUUGCCGAACUCAGCUUCAAGGCUUUCUCCCAGCCAAGAAUCUCUUUUAAGGUCGCCCACAAGACCAUUCCACAUCACGGCGAUGGAAGCAUACACUCCUGAGCGUGGAAGUGGACCUGUGACUCGGUCACCGGUUGCAGCGAACUCGCAGCAGUUGAACGUCAAUUCCGGGUCAUUGGCGACGCAAUCGCACACCCAGCGCCAACAGCAGGCACAGCAACUGCAGCAGCUGCCUCCAACAGCUCAGAGCUCCCCAGGUGUCUGGAAUUUACUACAAUUUAGCUCGGUCAACAACACCCCUGCAGCCUUUCGGACAGCAGAUGAGUCGACGCACGGAAAUAAUCUCAAUGACGGUGCUCGCAUGCUGCACCACGAACCACAGCUAACGCGAAAUCCAGAAGACCGCACUAAGUUACCUGCCGUACAUAUCAACGGCAGCUCUGUCGCUUCUGGAAAAGCGAAAACCCACGAUAACCACGAUAACCACUCAGAGUUUGUUUCGUCACCCAUUCGAAAUCAUAAUAAGGACGACUCCAAGGGUGUAAAAGACCUGAUGUUAGAUAUCGAAGGUGCCAAGAUAAGCGUCGUCGACGAUACUUAA